CUUCAUGUGAAAUCUGGACACAUAGUCAUCUAGUGUUGCGGUGUGUAAUUGCAAUGCUGUGGGAACGUCGUUUUGUGUGAUGAGAGAGGUUCGUGGAUGUGCGUUGUCGAGGUAGCGUUCAGUCAAUUCAAUUUGUAGGUCUCGUUUGCAAGGAGUCUGCACUGCUCCACGUCACACUGUCGCGUUUUUCAGCAGCUGGAUCGGAAACCAAGAGCUUGAGCAGAUUCGAGACAUAAGGACAGAUUGUUAAUGCGCAGGAGAGGUGCCUUUGCAGGAAUUGAUAUUCUCAGUUGGUGGUAUUUCAUUCUUGGAAAGGUGCAAUGAUAAGGCGGUACAGCUACCAGAGCCUCCGGUUUCUCCUUUUCCUAUUGAGCUGCGUAGGACCUGAAAAGUUUUGGCCCACAUGCAUAGUCGACCACUCACUGGCCGAAGGAUUCUCGCAACCAGAUGGUAUUGGGGGCGUCAUGAGUCCCAUGGAUUUGCACACGAGCUUCUUCGGACACCACACUUCAAAGCAGAGCUGUGCUCACAUUGUCAACGUCGGGAAACCACGUCCUCUGAGAGUUUCUAUAACCGACUUUGGAGCAGUAGGAGAUGGCAAGACACUGAACACGAAGGCAUUUGAGAACGCGUUACAGUACCUUCAUAGCAACGCCGACAGUGACGGAGCGCAAUUGACCAUUCCUGCUGGACGUUGGCUCACAGGAAGUAUCAAUCUGAUCAGUCACCUCACGUUAUUCCUAGAAAACGGGGCGAAUAUCCUUGGAUCCGAGGACUUCAACGAUUACCCAAUCAUUCCAGAGUUGCCUUCAUAUGGUCGGGGUCGUGAACUGCCGGGUGCAAGAUACAGUAGCCUCAUCAAUGGCGAUAAUCUUGAAGAUGUUACCAUCACGGGUGAAAAUGGGACGAUUGAUGGACAAGGAGGGGUUUGGUGGAAGGCUUUUCGCAACAAAACACUAGAUUACUCUCGGAGUCAUGUGCUGGAGCUCAUCGGAUCGCAAGACAUUCUAAUCUUUAACCUCACUUUUCAAAACUCUCCGUCCUGGACCAUUCAUCCAGUGUAUUGCAAGAAUGUGGUAAUCAAAAACCUGACUGUCUUGAAUCCAAACGAUUCUCCGAACACGGAUGGUAUCGAUCCAGACUCAAGCCAACAUGUUUGUAUUGAGGAUUGCUAUAUCAGUGUUGGUGAUGACGCAAUUUCAAUUAAGAGUGGAUGGGAUCAAUAUGGAAUAUCCUACGGGAUGCCCAGCAAGCACAUUCAGAUUCGACGCAUAGUUUCGGCAUCAAAAACAUUUGGCAUCCACGCUGGGGUUUCGUUUGGCAGCGAGAUGUCCGGUGGUAUUUCCAACGUCAAGGUUGACGACAUGGUGUUGUAUGGUGCUAGAUGGGGAGUGCGCUUCAAAACCUCACCAGGACGUGGAGGAUACAUUAAACACGUCGCAGUGCAUAACCUACUUCUCCACUCGGUCAAGACUGCAGUGGCUUUCAUGGCUAACUACGGACAACAUCCUGAUGAUAAUUGGAACCGAACCGCCUAUCCAGUGAUUGAAAACAUUGUGAUCAAAAACAUUGUGGGCGAAAACAUAACACAAGCAGGUAUCUUGCAGGGACUACCAGAGUCUCCAUUUCGUCACAUUCAUCUAAAAACCAUAGCCCUUGACGUUAGAUCAACAAAAAAUGUCUGGAACUGCUCAUGGGUGUCAGGAUCAUACUUCUUCGUCGUGCCCCAACCAUGCGCUGAUCUCACACGGCAAAACAUCACCCUCUAGACCGUUUUCAUUCAUCGAUCAGUGCGUGUCAGAUCAGGUUCUCGGAGGAGAGUAUGUCAAUCCUCCAAUUUGGUUUCAAGGUCUUUCCUAGCAGGAUUUUAAAGAGUCUGAGGAGUACAGACAUUCCUCAUGGACAGGGUAACCUAUAUGCCUACCGUUAUAUGUACUUUUGCGGAAAACUAGUGGAAAUAAUUGUAAGUUGCGAGGUAUCUCCAAGAUUUGAAGCAGUGCAGAAGACAAGGAGUUGUUCAGUUUAAGUUUUGACGAUGCUCGAUCGGAGUUUGAUCCAUGUGCUGUGACCUAUUUUUCUUUUACUAUGGUAUUUGCAAAGUUCACUUCUGCGUAGUGAUUCUCUGAUA